UGCAGUUAAAGGGCAUUCAUACAUUAGUAAAUCAGACAAUAUUUCACUUAUUUGUUGUUCGAUAUGGAUUGAGGAUUAGGAACUACAUUCAACAGUUAGCGUUACAUAGCGAUGUUUGGGCCUCCGUUUUCUAUUAGGUCAGAGACUGCUGCAAAGUCAAAGUCUGGUUUUUUCCGUAGCAUUUACAAUGACCCAUACAAGUGGUCGCUCGUGAAAAGCAUCACAAUGUUCGCUUCUGCGGUUUCUGGUUUUCUGAUCAUACGUGAAGUCUUCAAUGCCCCUACCGAAACUCUGUAGACAGAAAUAUUUGUUAUCAAAAAAAUAAACAUUCUCUUUGUUCGUUUCAGUUCUUGCUACUAUAUCCUUCAGCAUAUAUGUGCUGAAAGGGAUCUAUAUAUUUCUAAACGUGUUCCUCCGUAAACUUUGUCCUUAGGUGUCUAAAGUGUCAAGUAAAGUAUGGCCACCGAAAUAGAUUACGGCAACCCGUUUGACUGUGUUGAGGUUUCCCGGGCGAGAUAUAAGCAGCUAAGAGACCGUCAAUUGAGGCGACGUCGGCUCAUUUUACGACAUCUUCUGAGGAACAGUUCAUUCUCAUUGAGGUUAGAGAACAGCAAUCAACUCAGUCUUACUCUGUCAGAUUUACUUGGCUACCGCAAACCUUCCUACCUACAGUUUGACGAAGACGUUUGUAGGAAGCGGGCGAUUCUACCAAUUAUUUCUCGUUUAAAAUGCCCAGCGCUUAGUCUUAAGCUUCGUCGUGCAAUACAGUCUUUUCUAGGCGAAUCCGGCACAUUAAAUCAAGAUAAUAAACAAAUCAUACAACAGUGGGAUAAAUUCAGCCUUGAAGUUGUUGGCGACAAAUUAAGACAAACACUGUCAUCUUGUAUAUCAACAAAUACAAGCAGUAAUAUAGGAGAUAAAGCUUCAAAUGACGACAAUGUUGUUGGUAAAACAGGAGAUUCUAAUUGUGAUUUGGUCGUCAGAACAUUUACUGGUUCAGCUGCUUUUCUUAAAGGAACUCAAAGUGCUAAUCCACAUAAUGAUUACUGUCAACAUUUUGUGGAUACUGGUGAACGACCACAGAAUUUUAUUCGUGAUACUGGUCUGAGAAAUCGAUUUGAAGAAUAUCCUAAAUUACGUGAGUUAAUUCGAUUGAAAGAUCAGUACAUUCAGUCAAAGGCUACACCUCCUAUGUAUUUGUGCGCUGACUUACGAACAUUUGAUUUAAAUGAGUUAGACUCAAAAUUCGAUGUUAUUCUGAUUGAACCUCCUUUAGAAGAGUAUCAUCGAAUGAAUGGUGCUGUAUUUGAUCAAUAUUGGAGUUGGGAUGAGAUUGAACGUUUAGAAAUUGAACAAAUCGCUGCUCCACGUGCAUUUGUUUGGAUAUGGUGUGGGUCAGGUGAAGGUUUGGAUGCUGCUCGAAAAUGCUUACGUAAAUGGGGUUUUCGUCGUUGUGAAGAUAUAUGUUGGAUCAAAACAAAUAUCAAUAAUCCAGGACAUGAAGCUCUUGAACCGAAUUGUGUUUUUCAACGUACAAAAGAACAUUGCUUAAUGGGUAUACACGGAACUGUUAGACGUUCCACUGAUGGAGAUUUUAUUCAUGCUAAUAUUGACAUUGAUCUGAUCAUUGAAGAAGCUCCUCCACAAGGCAGUUAUGCUGCCAAAGAUAAACCAACUGAAAUUUUUCACAUUAUUGAACAUUUUUGUCUUGGAAGACGAAGAUUACAUUUAUUCGGUAGAGAUAGUACAUUAAGACCCGGUUGGGUGACUGUAGGUAAUGAACUAUCUGCAUCGAAUUAUGACCCGCGUAUAUAUGCUAAUAAUUUUAAUAAAGACCCUAAUGGAUUGUUGCUGGGAACAACUGAAGAAAUUGAGCGAUUACGACCGAAAUCUCCACCACCACGUCAUACAAACCCGAAUACUGCAACAGGGGCUCCCAACACAAUUUCUUCGCUUUCAGAAGUUAUACCUGGUCCUGUUUGUCCUAAUCCUGCUUUGCCUACUGGACAUAUACCUCAUUCAAUAGCUUCGACAUGUUCUGUUAGUAAUUCUGUUGUAUCGAAUAUCACUUCCAUUCCUGGCAUUUCUGGCCACCCUAUACGAAGAUUUAAUGCUACAAAUGUAAUUAAACCUCUCAAUUCUAUUGGGUCAUUAACUAAUUCUUCACUUUUGGGCUUACCAUCAGUUUUACAAAGUGUAACUAAUCGAAUUGGUCCCAAUACGAGGCUUAAUACGCGUACACCGAAUAAUGCAUUGUCAACUUCUAAUUCUCCACGAGCACUUGCUGCAUUACAGGUUGCUGCAGCUGCUCAUCAAAGCUCUAUUCAUCAUUCACAUGAUUCUCCUCUAUGGUCAACUCCAAAUAAUUUUGCCGUUGCGUUAGCUGCUGCAGCAGCAACUCAUAAUUUACCUCUUGCCUCAGCAUUGAAUUCCUUAAAUUCAAGGACUCCUAUUUCUGAUUCACAUUUACUUCCUGGACUUACCAACGCUAAUAAACUGAAUCCAACUCUGUUAGCAAUGUUAAAUUCUUCAAAUCCCGUUGGACCAGUAGGUCUAUCAUUACUGAGUAGUAUUAUUCGAAGUAAUGUUUCUGGAAAGCAUCCUAAUAAUCCAUGGCAUUGAAUCUUUUUUGUAGUUAUGUAUCAUUAUUUUGAUGUUAACUGUUAUAUUUUAUUUAUAUCCCAACCAAAUAACAAGAAACUUACUUACAACUGUUACUCCUCCAUCCAACCCUGUCCUAAGCAAUUCCUUCCAGUCAUCAAUCAUCCUUUUCAUAUCUGCUUCGAUUUCCCGACGUAAUGUGUUCUUUGGUCUUCCUCUUUUCCGCUUCCCUUCAGGAUUCCAAGUUAGGGUUUACCUCGUGAUGCACUUUGAUUAUUUGCGUAAUGUAUAUCCUAUCCAUUUCCAUCGUCUUUUCCUAAUUUCUUCUUCAGCUGGAAGCUAGUUUGUUCUCUCGCACAGAAGGCUGUUGCUGAUGAUAUCCGACCAAUUGAUGUUGAGUAUCUUGCUUAGAAAACUAUGCUUAAAUAGUUGUAUAUUCUUGAUGAUGGUUGUAGUAGUUCUCCAAGUUCCAGCUCCAUGCAGUAGGACCAUCUUUACGUUCGUAUCGAAGAUUCUGACUUUGAUAUUGGUUGAAAGUUGUUUUGAGUUCCAUAUAUUCUUCACUUGUAGGAAUGCGGCCCUUGUUUUGCCCAUCUGGUCCUCCUUGUUCAUCGAUGAUGCAUCCCAGGUAUGUGAAGGAUUCUACAUCUUCCAGAGUUUCGCCAUCAAGAGUGAUUGGAUUGGUGUUCUCCGUGUUGUAUUUGAGGACCUUGGUUUUCCCCUUGUGUAUGUUGAGGCCUACUGAUGAAGAGACUGCUGCUACACGAUUUGUCUUAAUCUGGAUUUGUUCGUGUGUAUGAGAUAGGAAGGCUAGGUCAUCUGCGAAGUCCAAACCGUCUAUUUGUUUCUGAGCUGUCCAUUGUAUUUCAUGUUUUCUCUCCGAUGUGGAGGUCUUCAUAAUCCAGUCGACCACCAGAAAAAUGGGGAAGGGGGAAAGUAGACAGCCUUGUCUGACUCCGGUCCUUAGUUGGAAUGGAUCUGUCAGCUGCGCUCCACGCACGACUUUGUAGUGUAGUCCGUCGUAUGAGUUCCUUAUAAUGUUGACAAUCUUCUCAGGAACUUCAUAGUGUCGAAGAAGUUUCCAUAACGUUCUCCUAUCUGCACUGUCAAAUGCCUUUUCAUAAUCAAUGAAGUUGAUGUACAGAGACGAUUUCCUUUCAAUUUAUUGUUCGACGAUAACCCAUAGUGUCGCAAUUUGGUCUGUGCAUGACCGGUCCUUACGGAAUCCAGCUCGUUGAUCUCGAAGUUGGGCGUCUAUUGCGUUUUUCAUCCGGUUCAGCAACACUCCGUUAAAGACUUUCCCUGGUACUGACAGUAGCGUAAUGCCUCUGUAGUUUUCACAUUUGCUCAGAUCUCCUUUCUUUGGAAUCUUGAUGACGUGUCCUUCUUUCCAGUUCAUCGGCACUUGUUCCUCCACCCAAAUCUUUUUGAAUAGGUGAAGCAUGUUUUUAGUUAAUUCGAUGUCUGACUUCAGUGCUUCAGCUGGUAUAUUGUCGGGUCCUGCUGCUUUCCCACUCUUGAUUCGUCUGAUGGCCAUUCUGAUUUCUUCCGUCGUUGGUGGAUUGACAUCUAUAGGAAGAUCUGAGUGUUCUGCUUCGAUGUCCGGUGGAUUCAUUGGAGCCGGCCUAUUCAGGAGUUCCUCGAAGUAUUCUACCCAUCUGUUCCUCUGUUGUUGAAUUUCAGUGAUUGGUCUGCCUUCUUUAUCCUUGACCGGUUUCUCUAGUUUACUGUAUUUCCCUGCUAGUUUCUUCGUUGUAUCGUAAAGCUGCUUCAUAUUUCCUUCUCUAGUAGCUUUUUCGCUGUCGUUGCUAGUUCUUCCACGUACUUCUUGUCGGCUCUAAUGCUCCUCUUCACUUGCUUGUUUGCUUCUGUGUAUUCAGCUUGUGCUUGGACUUUCUCUGCUCGUGUUCGGCUGUUGUUAAUUGCUGCCUUCUUCUUCUUCCUUUCUUUAAUAUUAUCCAGAGUUUCUAUAGAGAUCCAUUCCUUAUGAUGAUGCUUGUUGAGGCCCAGAACCUCUUGACACGUUGAAGUUAAUGCUUCUUUGAUAUCCUCCCAGUUGUCCUCCAUAGUAGUUUCUUCUUCCUUCAGUAGAUCUUGUAAGGCUUGGAACCUGUUGUUGAGAGCUAUCUUGAAUUCGUUGAUUUUGUUAGUAGCUCGAAGGAAGGCUGUAUUGAACCUUUGUAAUGCUGUUUGUCCACUUGUCCAGUUCUUCCUUAGCUUCAGUUUUAAAUUGGCCACAACUAGGUGGUGAUCUGAAGCUAUGUCAGCUUCUCUCCUGGUUCUCACAUCUUCCAUUGUCCUUCGGAAUUUUUUAUUGAUGCAAAUAUGAUCUGUCUGGUUCUCUGUAGUGUGAUCCGGUGAGAUUCAUGUAGCUUUGUGUAUACGUUUGUGUGGAAAUAUUGUGCCCCCUAUGACCAAUUUGUUGAAUGCACACAGAUUUGCAAAUCUUUCCCCAUUUUCGUUUCUCUCUCCCAGUCCAUGUCGUCACAUGAUAUCUACAUAUCCAGUGUUGUCUAUUCCGACUUUGGCAUUUAGAUCUUCCAUCAGAAUGGUGAGGUCGUUUCUUGGGCACUUCUCUAUGAUUGACUGCAGCCGCUCGUAGAAUUGAUGUUUAAUGUCGUCGUCGCUAUCAUUGAUGGGUGCAUAACAUUGGAUAAUAUUCAUUUGAUCCCCUCCUUUGUUUUGAAUGAUGCUUUGAUGAUUGUGGAUCCGUGAGAUUCCCAUCAUAAAAGUGCAUUUCGUGUUACUUUGGACAGCAUUAGAGCAACUCCCUGAGUGUGUGGAGCAUUCUCCUCUUCAUAACCGGAGUAUAGUAGCAUCUCCCGUAUUUAGCCUUUGUUGUCCAGCUUGGGUUCAAUGGGUUUCGCUGAUUCCCAGUACUGCCAAGUUGUAUCUCCUCAUUUCCGUUGCUAUUUGACUGGUCUUCCCUGUCUCCCACAUUGUUCGGACGUUCCAUGUACCUAUAAAAAUGUUUGCUCUGGUUGUUAGAAGAGGUAUCGACCUCGUGGCUUCCGAAGGAACUAGGCUUUCACCAGUAGGCGUCGUAGUUCAUCUAAAUGAGGACCUUCUAACUCCCAGGGCAGAGUUUAAAUGGUUUGAAUUAUUUUUCUAGUUAGCAUUUUUUAGCGAGUUAGUUUUCUACGGGAUAGGGUCGCUAACCCCAUGCCCAACCGUUCUUCUUUACCCGGUCUUUGGGCCGGCAGUAACUCUAGAAGAGCUACAGGCGGAGUUAAAUAGUGGAAAAUACUUCUCCAUCAUCAAAAACUAUAAUACUAAGCAAACGUUAUGUUACUCACUGAAAAUUGGCUACUUUUGUCACUUUUAAAAUUGCUAUUUUUAUUAGUCAGUAAUAUCUUAUACUUAGUUACACACGCCUGUUACUUCUCGUGGAGGAGCAUAGGCCGCCCACCAGCACUCUUAAUCCAACCCUGUCUUAGGCAAAUCUAAUACUUAGUUGCAUGUAUUCACGGAUCACUGAAGUAGGUUAAUAGUGAGUCACAUGUUCGAAUUAGCAUCUAUAGGAAAUUAGAUUCAUGACAAACGUAUUCACGUUUAAAAUCUGAUGAUACUGGUCUUUUCCUAUUUACUCCGUUUCUUCGUCCAUUUUCCUGCAUGUUCUGGAACAGUUUUCAACUUCCAUUUAUAAUGUCGAUAAUCCAAACCAAGAUUUCCUUCUCUUCGUUAAAAACUUCAAACAAGACGUUAAAAAUCUCGGAUCAUUUUAAUUAGUUACUGGGUCUUGUUAUGAUCGCAUUCUUGAUACUCUAAUAUUUAAUUAAUGUAAGGUCAGAUUUUAUUGCUGUGCUCGAGUUCAGUGGAGUUUUCAUCAAACCCGUUUCCGGACAGAUACAAUGUACACGUCACUGAUUACUGCUCCAUUUGGUCCGAUGUUUCGUGGUUUCAUAAAUAGUGAUUUCAUCAUUCAUGCGCUGAAGAAUCUAUUCUUCCUCCAACAUGGUCUUGCAGUCCUUUUGACUCAUAAUGAUCACAUGUUGCAAAUACGUUGAAAGUUACAGAAUAAUAAAUCAGAUUCUCUGUUCCCAUCAUUGUUUUAAUGACCUAGCACAGAAUUUUAGAAAUACCUUAAAAACUAAUGCAAACAACUGGCUGGGGGUGGUAGAUAUUCUUCCGUAAUGUAGAAUUGGAAAGUAAUAUUACUUACGCCUGUUAGCUCUCGUGGAGGAGUUUGUUAGUAUCUCGAAGGAAGGCUGUAUUGAACCUUUGUAAUGCUGUUUCCACAGUUGUUUGUUCUCCCAUAGCAUCUGUUAUGGUAACAGAUAUCACAUUUUUGUAACGAUAAUUGCAAGAGCGCAUUCUUUUGUAAGACGCACUCGCUUACUUAUAUUCUGACUUAUCCUCUUCUACCUGUUCACAAUAUACUCUUGCAAAGUUAAUUUCACCUUCAUUACCUCACACAAAUUUCCCAAUGAUAUUAUCAGAUUGAUCUAAAAGGCUUAAUAUCAAGCUUCAUGUUAUUUUUCAUCAAGUAUUUAUUUUUUUAAUAACAAAAUCCCUUAGGACUUUCGUUUAUACGCUAAGUUUUCAGAUCAUAACCUAUAAUGCUUUCCGGUCUCGAAUUAUUUCCCAUACCUCUCGGUACGAAGUGGUGAAUUAGUCAUCGUUGAUGUUAAUGGGCGUGUACAUGUUCAUUUGAAAUAAUUUUGUUAUAGCUUUGAGUUCCGAUUGUCUCUUCGAUUCCGUUUCACUUUUAGUUGACUGUGCUAGUUUUUGAUUUACUUAACCAUAUAUUCUAGCACCUGUCGUAUCGAACAACCGAAUUACUUAUUAUUCUUGAUCUAUUUGAUUUAUACAAAGGAGAUGGAUACUUUACUGAAUAAUUUUAGGUAACGCUUAUUGCGACUGACAAACUAAUUGCUGCUCAUCUUUGAGGGAAAUUAAUAUAAAAUUGUUCCUUGCGGAAAGGCAACAUUAUUUUCCAUCCAUGAUUUGAGUACCUUCUGGGUGUACAAAACAAGUUUAGAACAAUUUGGGUGCUCAUUACCCAUUUGAUUCUUGAUUUCUUAUCCCUGUGGGUACAUAACAUACACUAACAUUCAUGUGGAAACACGUGGUAGAAAACAAAUCCUCGAAAGAAAUAGUUCUGUAAGUCUUCGACAUUGAUGAUGACCUCGUUAUUUGAACUGGUCACACCUAGCUGAAGGCGUUUGGCACCACGUGUGGAUAAUCCGUGCUACGCAUCCCUUGCGACUGCUACCAAACUCGGCGAUGCUACAAUUUAUGGAGGAACCAAUCAGAUUAACAAUGGCGGGUCUUGAAUUUUGGUGCGAAAUUAACUAAUUGAUUUGGCUAAAUAGUUAUGGCAUUACAGUUCGUACCAAUUCGUGAUUAAAACCCUAAAUCUAAUCCCAACCCUAAGCGUCAACUGUAAAUAUUAAUCGUAAUUCCUCACAUGGGUUUAUAACCCUCACUUAGCUGUAGUACGUAGGUAGACAUUCUUAAGGUUCUGAUCGUAAUACAGUGUAUUCAAGUAUACUAAUAGUGUUUUCCCUAUUUUUCCUACU